UCCAUUAGAACCGGCAACACCGAGCAAUAGAAAGUCGAGGAACAAGGCACCCCUUGCAAAACCCGCCAUCUCUCUGUCCAUUCCUCUACAGCCGAUGACGCCGAAGGAACCAGCAGAAUCUCGUUGAACAAUCAUGCUUCGUGACUGACGCAGUCACAAGGCAAAGAUUAACUGUCAAGGAAAGGUAUGGAGGAGGAUAUAGCUUCACCGGAGCCGCUUCUGCGGCGAUCUUUGGGGACCCGUCAGAACCGUGUUGCAGCGCUUUUUGGUCGCAUGACAAGCCGGCGUGGCCCACAGGCUUUGGUGCGAGAGACGGCAGCGCGGCAGCUGGACGAGCGGCGCGCCGAUUGGGCCUACUCCCGGCCGGUGGUCGCCGUGGACAUAGCAUGGAAUAUCUCAUUUGCCGUCGUCUCCGCCUCCGUUAUCGCAGUUUCAGCUUGCGAGCGGCCAAAUGUCCCCGUGAGGGUUUGGAUCGCAGUUUAUGCCCUUCAGUGUGUUUUACAUGUUGCUUUGGUCUGGUCUGAGUACAGGCGUCGCCGUCGUGAGGAGGCGCGGGUAGUCGGCGACGAGGAGAGCAGCGGUGAACCUGUCGCGAUGGAUUUCGAUCAGGUGGAUAGUGGGGAGGACAGCGAUGACAGCGGAUCAGGUCGGCGGAGCCUGCGGAAUAGUGUCUUCAAACAAUGUGAAUCGGUUAAUACCAUGGCAUCCUUUCUUUGGUGGAUUGUUGGAUUUUAUUGGGUGAUAUCAGGUGGUGAAGCUCUUGUGCAGAAUGCACCUAGGCUCUAUUGGUUGGCUGUAGUGUUUCUAGCAUUUGAUGUAUGUUUUGCGAUAUUUUGCGUUGCUUUGGCCUUCGUGAUUGGUAUUGCGCUCUGCUGCUGUCUACCUUGCAUUAUCGCUAUACUAUAUGCAAUCGCAGGCCAGGAAGGGGCAUCGGAUGCUGAUAUUAGCCUUCUACCAAGAUACAGAUAUUCUGCCAAUGAUAGCAGCGGGAUGGGAGAUGUAGGAAUAAUGAUUCCAAUUUCAACCAACAGCGAAAGUCUUCCAGAACGGAUUCUUUUCCGUGAAUAUGCGGAAUGCUGCAUUUGUCUGAGUUCAUACGAAGAAGGAAGCGAGCUUCAUGCGCUGCCGUGCAACCACCAUUUCCACUCCGCAUGCAUCACAAAAUGGCUUAAAAUCAACGCAACCUGCCCGCUGUGCAAAUUCAACAUCCUCAAGAGCAAUGAUUGCGAUUGAAAGCGCGUUCUAACUCGUUUGUGUGUGUGUGUGUGUUGUGUUCGACUCACUGCUUGGCUGUGCAUAUGUGUUUUAUGGGUGGCUUCAGCUGCCCCUGGUAAAUAUUCUAUGCUGAUAUACAUCAAAGAAGUAUGGUUAGUGUGUUGCAAAGCUACUGCAGUAGGCUUCAAUAUCAGUGAUUAGGGUAGCUUUGAUGUUAAAUUAUGGAUAAAUAAUUUUUAGAUCUUC